CUCCGCAGUCGGACCGGAAUUCCCGCUGCCGCCGUUGGUGCGCCGGUCCCUGCCGCAGCCAUGGGGAUAUUGGAGAAGAUUUCGGAGAUCGAGAAGGAAAUCGCUCGGACGCAGAAGAACAAGGCUACUGAGUAUCACCUGGGCCUCCUGAAAGCAAAACUCGCCAAGUACCGGGCCCAGCUCCUGGAACCAUCCAAAUCAGCCUCAUCCAAAGGAGAGGGCUUUGAUGUCAUGAAGUCUGGCGAUGCCCGUGUAGCACUGAUUGGCUUUCCCUCUGUGGGUAAGUCCACCUUCUUAAGUCUGAUGACUUCCACGGCCAGUGAAGCUGCAUCCUACGAGUUCACCACCCUGACGUGCAUCCCUGGAGUCAUUGAAUACAAAGGUGCCAACAUCCAGCUCCUGGACCUUCCUGGAAUCAUUGAAGGCGCAGCACAAGGGAAAGGCCGAGGCCGACAGGUGAUUGCUGUGGCACGCACAGCGGACGUCGUCAUCAUGAUGUUGGAUGCCACCAAGGGAGAGGUGCAGAGGUCUCUGCUAGAGAAGGAGCUGGAGUCUGUGGGCAUCCGCCUCAACAAGCACAAGCCCAACAUCUACUUUAAGCCCAAGAAAGGUGGUGGCAUCUCCUUUAACUCAACGGUCACGCUGACGCAGUGCUCAGAGAAGCUGGUGCAGCUCAUCCUGCAUGAAUACAAGAUCUUCAAUGCAGAAGUGCUCUUCCGAGAUGACUGCUCCCCAGAUGAGUUCAUUGAUGUGAUCGUGGGCAACCGGGUGUACAUGCCCUGCCUGUAUGUGUAUAACAAAAUUGACCAGAUCUCUAUGGAAGAAGUUGACCGCCUGGCCCGAAAACCCAACAGUGUGGUCAUCAGCUGUGGCAUGAAGCUGAACCUUGACUACCUGCUGGAGAUGCUAUGGGAGUACUUGGCCCUGACCUGUAUCUACACCAAAAAGAGAGGACAGAGGCCAGACUUCACAGAUGCUAUCAUUCUCCGGAAAGGGGCCUCUGUGGAGCAUGUGUGCCACCGCAUCCACCGGUCGCUUGCCAGCCAGUUCAAGUACGCCCUGGUGUGGGGCACCAGCACCAAGUACAGCCCACAGCGGGUGGGCCUGACCCACACCAUGGAGCAUGAGGACGUCAUCCAGAUUGUGAAGAAGUAGUGGCUCCUCCCACCUGCCAGCUCCUGCCCUUCCAUCCACUAGCCUUGCCUGUCUCCUGGGGAGUUGGACCCACUGGGACACUAAACCCAAACAGGAAAAACAAAUACACACCCAGGAGGAGGCCUUUGAGUCUGCUGUCUCCAGAAGCUUCUUCAGUAGGCAUUGUUGGGGCUGAGGGGUGAGGUUGGGGUCUUAAGCUCUGUUGGGACAUAUGCCAUGAGCCUGAUCCCUCUGAUAGGGUUCCUAGGUGGGAGCCUACAUCCUUGUCCUUCCCCUAGACCCUUUUGAACACUGAGGGAGCAAGUUACCUACCAACUCCCAACCACAGCCUAAGACUGAUAGCAGACUCAGGAUGGGGAGCCAGGCCUGCCUGGGUCCCUAAGGCUCUGGCUACUGUCAGGGCACCUUAUUCCCUCGGCCUUCCAGCUUCUCUGAUGCUAGAGGGAGGAGGGCCCAUGACAAAACCCUGCAGGUCCUCCCACACCGGCUGCCUAUGGUGGAAACCAGAUAACAGCCUGAAUGUCCGAAAGUGCCUCCCCAUUUUGGCCCCUCUCAGGGCACCACCUGCCCCACACAAACCAGGACCUUGGACCUGCCCACCAGGCAGGGGUGUCUUGAGUAUGGGCUCUGUUUCCUCUCUAAGCCCCCUGAUCUUUGCUCUCCUUUCUGAAAUAAAGGAUGGAAAGUAAUUCCUGAUGGACCAAGGGAACUUUUUAUAAACUUGCUGGAG